GGCAGCGAGUAUUCCCGCUAUUGUAUGUCGCAUCUCAUCCGGAGACGCGAGAACGCCUCCAACGUCUUGACACUCGCUUACUCCUUUUUAAUAUAAUGAAGCGUUGACUAAUCAAAAAUACAUAAGCAUUUUUCUCCCAUCGGUUCUCCUCCGGCUACUCCAAGAAGAAGAAAAAGUGCAGGGCUGUACAUUAGAGUGUCUUUGUGAUACCAUUCAUGCUCGGCCCUGACAGAGCAGACAUUGUUUGCUUGCUGUAAUAGCCUUGGCAGCCAAAUAAGGUAGAGAUUUGUGCCACGCAUACAGAAUCGGAAAGUGGCAGAGGACAAGCAUCUACAAAUUCCUACAACUGGAGUAACCAGAAGAAGGAGUUUCAAAAUGUGCAGCUAAUAGCUUUCCGUGGGGUCUUCUGUAGUGGUCCUGGAUGAAGAAGCCUUAUUAAUUGAAGCGCAGAAGCUUUUGCUUCCCCUGUGGGAAGACCUGUAUGAAGAGCUGGGUGGACGUUGCUGUGAGAAACAGAAGGUGUGCUCAUCACAGAUAACAGCACUCUCCAAGGAAUAAUAUCUUCAUCCCGAAGUGACACCAGCUCCUGCUAGUAUCAUGGGACCAGACAGUGGCUUCUUAGGCAGUGGGCAGGUCCACGCCAUCCUGUGGGGAAGUUUGGCAGCUAUGACCACACUCUUAUUCCUCACCUUCCUCAUCUUCCUCUGCUCCAGCUGCAACAGGGAGAAGAAGCCCAAACAUCAGAAUGGAGAUCAUGAAAAUCUGAUGAAUGUGCCUUCUGAUAAGGAGAUGUUCAGCCACUCUAUCACAAGUUCAGCUACUGAGCCUCCUCCAAGCAGCGACCAGAACGGGGCACUCAGUAAUGGCGAGGUGCUCUCGGAGGACAGUACAACUGCCUGCAUCCAGCCUUAUGAAGAAGUACAAACAUCUGUCUCUGAUCUGCUAGAUCAGCAGGAUAGUCUUGGAAAAUCCAUUAAAUGUCACCAGAGCCGGGAACUACCCAGUAUUCCUCCUAACAGUACCAUGGAAACCAUCAUCUCAGCUAGAAAUGCAGAAAAUGAUCAAGGUCUUGGAAUGGAAGGGCCUUAUGAAGUUCUGAAAGACAGCUCCUCUCAAGAGAACAUAGUUGAAGACUGCUUGUAUGAAACUGUGAAGGAAAUUAAAGAUGUCGGAGCAGUAGCCAACAUGGAAGAAAGAUGUAACAACAAAUCAAGGGCUUCAUUGGUGGUUUCUGAAGGUCAGAAACAGAUCCCUGAGUGCAGAAUUGAAUCAGCAGAAUAUGCAUCUGUUGAUCGGAAUAAAAAAAGUCGCCAAAGUGCUAAUUCGGACAGCCCUCUUGGCAAUACACCAGAUGUAGAGGAUGAGCCUCCCCCUCCAGUACCCAUGAAACUUCUUGAUGAAAAUGAGAAUGUGCAAGAACAAAAAGUGGACGAAGAACAAGAGACAGAAGGAGCAUGUAAACCAGAGAAGAGGCUUAGUACAGUGUCUUACAAGUCUCGAGAGGAAGAUCCAUCUCUUACAGAAGAUGAUAUCUCAGCCAUGUACUCUUCGGUGAGUAAGCCAGGACAGGCCAUCAAGGCACUGGAUUCCACUUACACCUGUAUUCAAGAAGUUGCAUCUCCGAGGUCCCCAUCUAUUUGCAGCGGCCUCUAUGCAAGUGUAAAGGACUUUGAAAACACCCUAAAUACUACCACUGUGCCUCAGUCAGCGGACAGACCAAAUGGCGAGUUGGAGCCUGACUAUGAAGCUAUCCAGUCAAUGAGCCAGGAAGAAGAUAGGACCUUGUCUGUGCCUAACACAAACCACAUUGCUCUUUCAGGAGAGAAUGACUAUGAGAGUAUAGGGGACUUGCAGCACCACAGGGAUUUCACCAGACUUUAAUUACUCUGGCAGCCACAUUUCAGCAUUUAUCUUACCGGCUGGUAUUUUCAAAGGAACAUGUGAAACAAGAAGAGAGUGUUGUUCCUCCUGAGGAACCAAGUACAGAACAAAAGUUGUGAGGAAGCAACACGUGUUUCAACCAGGGUGCAAUAUGCAUUAGGUUAUUCUUGGUUUCUUGGCUGUUCUUGGUUUCUUGGCAAUUCUUGGAUUGCAGCUCACUAGAAAGGUUGCGUCAGUUCAGAAUUAGGAUCAAAACAAUGUAAAGGCUUUUGUGUUGUUACUUCCAAGACAACCAGAAUUUGGGAAGGAGUGCCGUGUUUGUCUUCUUAAGAAGAUCACGUACCAAAAAGACUGCCUUUACGCAAAGCUAGCUUUUCAUUUUAAAAGAUUAUGUCAUUUGUUUCAAGGUGUUUUUCAAGAAUCAUUUUUCAUUGCAAGUUCAGCCAUCGUCUUUGUUGAGCAAAUCACAGAUCAUCAUGCCUCAACUCAGACUCACUUUGCAGGGGUGGGGAAGGUGUGUUAACUUUCCUGUCUUUUGGGGAGCUCUGUAAUUCAGCUUGCUAGAACUAUGAGCCCUUGCAGGCAGAGGGAUUGGAGAUGGAGUCAGAAUAGCGAUAUGUUCCACUCCGCUUUCAUUACAACUACAGUGCAAACAACAGUACUUCACUUCACAAGGGACCUACUCCAGAUGUACUGGAAUUAAUUCUGUAGGCUUUUUCUUUCUUUCUUUCUUUCUUUCUUUUUUUACGUUAAGGGCUGUAGAACUUGACUUUCAGUAUUUAAGGUAUGUAGUGGUGUUUGUGGGGUUUGUUUUAUUUAAUUAUUUAUGAAAUACUUUUUUGAAAUGUCACCCUUAGCAUUCUCACUCUAUUUCCCUCAUGUGCACACAUAAUACUUACACACAUAUGCUAGACAAUUGCCAUGUUGCAUCAAAAAGCAGUGCAAAUGAAUGCUGGCAUAAUGUUCAGUCUAACUUUAACAGUGUUGACCCAUCUUUUUAAGAAUUUUUCCUUUUGUUUUUAGACUUUAAAAUAUUUUAAUCUAGUUUAUUAUGUAGGAAAAUUUAUGUACUGUCUUGAGUGGAUGAUAAUUUUCAUUUUUACAUUAUAUUUUUCAUGUUCAAAGUUACUGUAGAUUAACUUACUGUUUUAUGUUAACAGAAGGAAUCUCAUUCUUUGUUUGGACUUUAUUCGUUUUUCCUUUAAAGAACACUUGCUAUAUUAGAAGCAUGUAAAUGAACAAUUGCUGUGGUUUUUUUAUCCUCCUGAGCAGGGGGGUGUACAUGCCUUGCUGUUUCUAGACUCAGAAUUACAGAGCCUAUGUAAAAGACCACUGUCAGCGGACAAAAAAGAGGAAGAAGAGAGAAUGGGGCUUAGUCUGGGAUAGCCACUGGUCCUCCUCUGGUAAAAGGAGUAGGAGAGUAAAAACUGAAGGAGGCCAAGCUUGGAGCUCUGGCAAGCAGUUUGAAAGCCAUUGUCAUUGCAAAGAUACCAAGUUAUUCUGCAAGUAUUUCUGUUACUACUAUAAACAAAGUAUAGUGCUUAGAUGAAACAAGUAGGUAUUGGGCUGAUACUUCUGUUUUCUUCCAGAAUAGUACACUGUGACACUCCAGCAUUAGAGAACUGGCAUUGUGUCAUGUGUAUACACAUGUAUACACAUGUUUAUAGUUAUGCGUAUACAUGUGCAUAUAUCCCUGUGUAUACACACAUAUACAUGUAAUUUGGAUAUAGGUAUAAAUUACUGUCCAGACUUGGUAGCAUUCAUAUACAUAAUUUUUGGCAUGUACUUGAAGAGUAGUUCAUUUUUACUUUAAAAUAAACAGUACCUAAACUGAGAUUGGCUCGUAGCAUAGUAGCCUAGAAUGGGUUUAGUUUCCCAGUACUGAUUUUUGACAUAUCAAAUUGAGUCUUUCUAAAAUCACUGGCCAGCGCCACACCAGUACUUGGUACAAUAAAGAGCAAACAUAGAUUUGGUUACACACAUUUAUUACAAAUAACUUGAUAGCUGAAAGCAGUGAACUGAUUUAUGGACUUGGCCUGCACUGCAGUGGCUCUGAGGAGCGCUGCUAGUGUGCAGUCAACCCCUGCCUGCAUUAGGGUGAUUCAGGCUUCCUGGAUCCUGACCUCAUGCAACAGAGUAGAACACUUCAGCUAUGACUCUCUUCAUAAAAAAAAGAGUCAUAAAAGCAGGUCAGGCCAGCCUACAUCCAUCUUGUUCUUGAUCAUGCUGUCAUGUUUUCACAGUUACAGCAAACACUUUGCUUCCACUUCAUUGCAAUGUCUCCCUCUUUUAAAGCUGACUUUCAUCUUCCUUUCUGGACUUUUUCCCUCAAAAAAAUUUCUGUUUUUGUUCCCUUCAAUGUGAAUUCAUGAAGUUCUGUCCUUCUGCUUCAUAUUGUCUAAGGCCAAAGAUAAGAUCUCUCAUGUUUCAGAAGAUCUUUUGUGAUAAGAUUGGAGAGUGUCUGAAGUCUUAAGCUAUGUGUUUGCUGUCUGCUCCUUGCUCGGGGGUACUGGUUUACACUGCCCUCAGUCUGACUCCUGUGAAUUAGUGGGAAACAUUUCCCAACUCGUGAGCUUCUCAAAUUCAUCUCAAGAUGCAGUUAUCCCUUAAGGAUUGCCUUAUACAUUACCUGGAUGACUGCUCUAAAGAAACAGUAGCAACAUGAGGCUUGUCAGGUUCACCAGAAGCAAUUUUAAUACAAGCUUAAAGAUCAAAAGAUAACACAAGUUCAUGCUAGCAAAGAAAAAGGUUAAACUCCUGAUUGCAAAAUUUUAAGUUGCAAAAGAAGAAAAUAAUGCACCACUCAAAGAGUACCCUGUCAUUCUUUCCUUGCUGUCAUUCAAGAUCAUCAAGUCUAGGAGGGAUUGCCCCGUUGCACUUUGCUGUUCUUUCAGAGCAGAAGCAUAGUGUUGGUUUGGAGAGAGGGACGUGAGACUCCGUCCCAUCCUUCGUGUGCCCUGGGCUGACAGCUGCUCCUUCAGACCUCCAUAUUUCCCUUUUCCACAGUGAAAUCCCUCCUCCUCUCUUCAUUUUUUUUUAUUUUUAACCUGACUCAUACAGCCUUGCACUGGGAGCUGGUGCUGGGCUUGCAGUGCUGUGGUGCUGACACUUUCCUUCUGGUUUAAAUGAUGCUAAGCUUGGUAACAACCUUUUCAAAGUGGCUAUCGUAGCAAAGAAAGAGCUUCAGUGGUGGGUGGAUUAUCAGACUUUUAUUUUCUUCUUUAUCUCAAAUUUUACAAAUAGGAGUUUAACCUUUUCUUUUUACUAUUCUGUCAAUCAUGUACUGUAGGUAUAUGCUUUAUCCACAUCUCUUCAAACUCUCAGUGUCUGAAUCCUGACAGAUGACACAGUAAUACAGACAAAGUUUAAUAUGGAGUGUUUAGUCCAAGCCACGAUCCCCACUCUGUCUUUUGUCAGAUUUAGGGACUCUUAUCCUAACAGUCUUAUCUGAAGUAACCGCAGGAGAGAUCUGCUUUCAGUCCACCAGAUCCUCAGUCUGGUAGGGAAGGAGUUCAGAGUCCGAUUGCUGUGCUCGAGACAUUUGGACCUGCCCUCACCAUUCGAGACCACUUACAGUGGACUCUUGGGAGCCACUAACAAGAAUUACCUUCCAUGAACAAGGCCGCAUAGGAGAAGUCCGUAACUCCCCUGCAAUCUCCAUUAUAUAGUCUAAUGCUAAAGAAAAAAAUUUUAGAAUUCCAUCCAGGGCUCUUAAAUUUCAUCACCUGACAAGGAAUCAAGCAUCUAUUUCAGUUCCCUCUAUCCAGAAGUAAGAUCCUUCCCUUCACUUGUGCUGCCAGUGCUUCCUUUUCACUAACGUAUUGGAUGGGAAGAUUUUUCCAAUAGUAAUCCACAAAUAGAUUAAUCUUACUGUAAAGAGUCUCUCAUUGCUAUUUUCUCUCUUUCACCAUAUCCUGAGUAUAUCACCCUAAAUAAAAUGUCAGCAUCCAAAAGGAAAUAUUUCUUAUCCAAUGAUCUUUUCUGGGGCUACUUAGCAGUCUAUUUUUUUUAACUCAAUUUGUUGGUAAAACUAUGUAGUAAGAUCUUCAAAUCACCACAGUAAAGUCGAGUAAAGCUGUAAUGUGCAUAUAACUACACUAGUGGAAAGGUCUUUUUUCUUUCUGAGAACUGGUAGAAAUCAGAAAUGUAGUUUCAAGGGUUUUUUUCAGUGAAUCUGUGUCUCCUGUAGGAGUUCUAACCUAAACCCAACACCUAAAUCAGUCAUCCCCUUCUACCAUGGCAAACUUGAAUUGCUUUCUCAGUUUGAAAAAAAAUAAGUUCUUUAAGAAUAUCUGUAGCAUGGGCAUGUACCUUUUUACCACGGUUAGAUCACUUAUAGUGCCUUUUUUACUAGGUAUUUAGCAUUUCCAUACUCUUUUAGAAGUGUUUGUUUAGCACAAAAGUAGAAAGAGCGAGCCCUUACAUUUACUUGUCUAAGUGGGAACCAGCUUUAUAGAGACACAUCAAAUGUACUGGACCUCAGUUAGCCCUAGAAUAGCAAUAGUUUCUCACAGACUUCCUGUAAAAGCCCAGUAAUGUAGCUACAACAACUAAACUUUGCAAUAAGAAUAAUCAGUCUUCUUUCAAAAAGCCUAAGUUUUUCCAACAGUGAGCAUUCAGGGAGGUGAUGUUCUGUGUCCAUGUCAACUGUGAAAAAUUAGUUGCUCGGUCUUUAUAUUUAUAUCAAUUACAGGCUUGCUUAUAUGUAGCAGGAUUCAUGGGAUGGGGGCAAUUGCAAAAGCAGUGCUGGGAUUCAGAUUCAUUAGUCACCCAAAGCUGGAACAUCCCACAAUAGCAACUGGCUGAGGAUCAGCUGCCUGCUGUAAGCCCUAGUGUGUUGUGCCUUCAGGGGCUCCAUCUUCCCGGGAUUUUUCCAGCCUGUAUACUUCUCCAUGGCUCCCUGACCAGCUCCUGUUGGCUGUUGUGAUCAAAACUCUGUAUACACGGUGCUCUCUGUUAAACCUUUCAAUGGUGCUUUUGUAAGAUGUUGGAUAAACAGUUUCAAUGUGCUUUCUGAAAGCUGACAUGUAAAGUUGUGACAUAUAGCAUUUGCUCUAGUAUUUUUGACUUCACAAAACUUAGUGUUAAUUGUGUUACUCUGGCUGCAAAAGGCUGACAGUGCUUCCCUGCUUCUUCUUUGUCCCACAUAGAAUCAAAAUGUUGUUGUCACACGUAACAAGCCUAUAUUGGGCAAUAGGUGUUUAAAAGCAACUACUCGGGCCAAGCUGUGGCUGGAAAGCAGUUAGACACAUGGCUGUGAUCUGUGCAGUGUGGGACUGGAAACAUCAUAGCUCUGAGCUCCAGGGUUUUCUCCUGUUUCCUACUGUGUAUAUACAUUUGUUUGCAAUAUGACUAUAGGAAAUCUGUUUCUACAACAAACAUGUUAGUUUGGGCCAAAUUCCAAAGCGAGAUUUUUUGUUCUUAGGCAAAUUACCAUUAUUUCGGAUGAGUGUUAUGUAUUCAGAUUGGAAUGUGCCUGAAUAAGGGUGAUAUGUGCCUCCCAAGUAACUUAGUGCCUGUAGUCUAUUGCAAAAAAGGAGACCUCAGAAAGAGAGAUUCAGUAUCACAGAUGCUCUUGUGGUGGCGUGCUGAAGACCUUCAGGGGCAAAUCUCUUCCUGAGAGCAGGAAGCAUAAUUGCUAUUAAUAUGAUAAGCAUAAUGAUUUCAUACUCUGGUGCUGAAAUUGAUUUGUAGCAUCUUUUUGGGGAUGGUCAUGGCUGAAGAUAUUGCCAAAAAAGACUAUUUUGAUAUCGCUUGCCAGCUAGCCAGAUAUUAACAUUGUUGAGGGUUAUGCUGAUGAUAAAUGCUAUGGAUGGGGCAUCACAGAGAUAAAACCACUGGGUUCCCUUUCUUUAAGGAGAGAAGACCCUUUGGUUGGGCGAGUAUGAAAGAUCCCAUGCUUGGCAUUCAUGUAUCUUCAACAAAAAAUAUUCAACAAAUUAAUUGCCUAUGUGAUGAUUUUCCAGUUGUGCAUCAGGGUACCACAUACACUAGACAGUGUUCUUUUCUAAUGGACAACAAAAAGAUGAAAGCUUAUUUCUGAUACAAGGUUCCCACUGCUUAAUUGAUAAGAACUUACUUUACAUGUAAGCCACAGGUCAGCAAGGGAGUGUCUACACAAUGUAUAUUUAUCUAAGCUAACACUAAAUGAUCCAGCUUAGGUAUUGUAAGCAGAAUCACUAGAACAACUUAAUGCUCUGCUUGGGCUGAUCCACUCAUAUAGUGCUAGCGCAGACACCCCGAUUUGCCUAGCGAAUACAUGAAGUAUCUUUUUAUUACAUACCAGUUGGCCUGUGCCCAAUCAACAACAUAAAUCUUAUCAUUAUCAUUCUGUUUCAUCAAGCUGUGAAGUUUUGUUUCUGGAAAUCUUUAGCUUAAAAUUGUCCAGAAGGGUAGUCACUACAAACAGGGUAGCAAAAUGUGUAAAAAUAAAGAUGUUACUGUAAAAGUAAAAAUGCUCCCUGUUACUGCACAGCAACUUGUCUAUCGUAUGUGGUACUCUCUUGCCAUACACAUUUCUGAAUAGUGGCUUUCAUCUGUGAUUUUCAUUUAUCCUAAUAAUAGCAAAGUCUGACAAGUUUUCAGUCUCCACAAAUCCUCUAAUUUUCACCAGUAUGUUUGUUACGGAAAAUGUAAAAUAAGAUGCUUUGUUCUGUUUAAAGGACAGGUAUGUUUUUUUUUCUUACAGUUUACAUUAAUAUAACAACUUGCUUGGAUGAUUUGCAAAGCAUAGCAGUAUGACUUGAUUUUAAAAUGCUUCAUUUUAAAUUUCAGAAUGCCUCCCUUUCGGUACAGACAAUGUUACCAACUCUUGGAAUUUUAAUGUUGUAAUAUUGGGGAAGGGGUUUUAAAACCUUAUUGAUCUUAUUACUUUAAAGGAGAAAACUACUGAUGUUUUGACAUUUUUAAUGUCUAUGAAGAGACUCUCAUAUUUUUGACCUUCAGCAUAGGAUGGAAUUGGACUAUCCUCUCAUUUAUGGAACUGUUUCGCCCUUCCAUAUUCAGCUGUCACCUUCUCAGUGACUCUUUUGUCCUUGAUGAGCUAUGUAAACUGUCCAGAAGGCAUAGAAACUGCAUCACCUUAACAAUUUUGAAUGGGAUGUUUAAAGCGCCUGUGGGAGGGAAAUCACAUCCUCAGGGACCCCAUAUUGCAGACUUCGUGGAGAUCUUUAUCUUCUUUCAAGGCAAGAAGCUCUGCAGCUUGCAAGCACUCAGCUGACAUGAAAAACUUAUAAAAGGUAAACUGAUACAAUGUUUAAAUGUAUUAGUAAAAAACACCUAAGAGCACAAGAAUUUCCUUUCUCACAUGCAUGUGGAUACUAGAGUUUGGUCUUGGUCUUUGAGCUACUUCAGCGUGGUCACGUAAGCAGUCUCCUCAGAUUAUCCUCCCAGCAGACAGUGCUGCUCAGCUAUUUCAGACUCUGAAUGAGCAUCUGGCUCAGUGUAGCGGCUCCUGAGUUUCCACACAUACCACCUCCUUACUUUCCAGCGGGGCCUGUCUCUACAUGGUGGCAAGGACAGCUCAGGCAUAGCCCUUUGCCUCACAGCCCUCACCCCUUUAAUUUAAGAAGGGGGGAUGUGAGCUGCUUCUCAGCCAAGCUGGCUGGUCUUUCUAGAUAAAAGUGUGUUAAGAGUCACCCUGCAAACCCAGAAAAGAGCAUUUACUCUCACGGCAGGACAGCUAUAGACUACUGCAGCAAUUAGGAAGAGAGAGGUAGAAGGAAUAAUAGCUAACUUUCAUUUGCACUUCACUCACACCACAGACUAUCUAUUUAUAAACAUUUUUACAGUAGAAGAGAUUAUAGUUAAAGGACAAAUUUCCCACAAUCUUGUAAGAGAUGGAUGGGAUUUCUUAUUUCCUUCCAGAAUUCCUUAAAUGAAAAGAGGUGGAGCCCAGUCCUCUUUGUCCCACUGUGAUACAGGGCUUGCUGGGCUUUUAUCAAACCUCUGUAUCAACCUAAAUGAAAAUAACUUCUAAAUGCAUGGUUUGGUUCUGUGAUAAAUCCAAGAUAGACAAGUGUGGGCGCACCAGUGUAAGUACCUUAUAGCCACAGGUUUCCAUGUGCAGAUCUGGACUUGCACCAAUGGAUUAUAGUAAAAUCAGAACCGGAUUUAUUUAAGUAGGAUUAUUUGCAUGAGCCAAGGGUGCAGGACUGGACCCUAAGAGUUUAGGAGAUGUUUGGCUUGGUGCUAGGUAUUAUUUCUAUUUUCAUUAGAGUAAAUACUUUAUGUCAGUGAAUUUAUAUGACUUCCAUUGGCACAACAAAAGCUAGAGUCUGGUAUAUGGAUAAUUAUCUUUAAUGGCUAUUAUUAAAAUUAUGCCUCAGUAGGAUUCACUUUAAAUUGAGUGGUAUAGGAGCUUCAGCACAAAAUUGCUUUAUAUAUGGAGCAUUGCAUACUUAAAACGCAUUGGAUAAAUACUUGCAAUUACAGGCACUUGCUUUUAUUUUAACCAUCGUUUUGUAAUGGAAAAAUAUUUAUUAGCAGAAUAGUUUUCUAGCAGUGUUCUCUUACAUAAUGUUCUAAUAGCAAGAUGUGUUUUCUGGACAGCCGUUUGAUUCUCUGGUCACUGAAGCAGAACUUCAAACCAUCCUCUAACCAGUACGACGUUCUGAAAAGAGAGGGCUCAAACUGUCUCUAUCUAGUAUCAGAGCAGACACAAAGAACAGGUUAAAUACACUGUGUAGUUCGGAUCUGUAGGUGGUGACAGCAGUUCAAAGAAACGAGUGUAAUAUAUAAAUCUACAGUCAGUGCACACAGACCUCCACAGCAGCACUAGCUGAGGCUUGGUAGCUACAUGAUUGGUUAUUUAUUUGGCUUGCUACCUUUUUGAAAUCAAUGUAGUUUCAUUAACAACCCUGCAGACAGUGAAACAGUGUAGUUUUCCAAAAUGCGUGUUCCAUAAACUGUAGCUUGACUGUAAUUGCCGAGCUUAUACUACCGCUAGAGUAGUUCAGAUCCAACACUAAGUUGUUUUUUGUAAAUUGAUAAAUGCCAUGAAAUUCUUUUCAACAUUUUCUAGUAGUAUGUACGAGUUGAUGUAAUUUAGUCACAACAUUGUUCUGAGAAUCUUCAUCCAAUGUUUCUAGCCAAUUCAGCUUUUGGCUGCUGAAAGCACAGUAGGUAAUUAUGGUUAUUUACUGUAAAUGUAGACAAGUUUUUUGUAAAUAUGUCAAGGCAAAAAAAAGAAAGAAAAUGUUACUUAAACAUAUGAGGCAAAUUAUCUAAAAGUAAGAACAUAGGUCAAUAAUAUGAAAUACAGGUUUUAUUUAUGUACAGUAGUAUCCUAAUAUUUACUUGUUUAUAUGCAGGAAAAAAAUCUUAAGAUUCUGUACUGUAUGCUCUGAAAGCUUUUAAAACAGGCUCUGCCAUUUUCUUUGGUUAAUAUAUUUGCAUAUAACUUUUGAAUUUAUUGGAAAUCCAUGUAAAUGAUGUCAAAUGGUAAACAUGUUAUAUUGCAAUGAAAUUAGUCUAAUUUAAAAAUCCUGAGAAAAUUCAAUGAAUUGAAAUCUUUAUAUAAAUUCAGUAGCCAGAUAGAAUAAAACACAAUAAAUAAGCUUUUUCUUUUUUUUUAA